AUGGAGCAUUGUCCGCAGUGCCGGGCGCUGCUGAAGACGCACCAGAUGCGUCACACGGGCGACCGGCCCUUCAAGUGCACGGAGUGCCCCAAGGGGUUUGUCACCGCCACGCUGCUCCGGGAGCACCGCGACAUCGUGCACGCGCGCCUGCGCAAGUACCGCUGCCCGGAGUGUCCCAAGACGUUCCUGCACCAGUCCUCCGUCUACGUGCACCGAGCUAUCCACACGGGUGAGAAGGCGUAUGAGUGCAGCUUCUGCGGCAAGGCGUUCACGCAGGCGGGCACGCUGCACACGCACGUGAAGUUUGUGCACAUGAAGGUCAAGCCCCCGCCGAGGAAGCGGAACAAACACUUGAUGGACGCCUAA